AGUCGACUCGACUCGAGUCAGUCGAGUGACAGUGUUCGAAUCGAAUCGAAUCGAAUCGAAUCGAAUAGGACCCAGAUCCAAACAGGAUCGAAACCCGCAUUGCUCCACAACAUCAUCUGGAAGGCAGCCAAUAGAAACAAGAAACCGCAGCAGCAGCAGCAAAGAGAUAGACACACCAUGAACAUCAUUGGCCUUGUCAAUCCAGCUUCUGUCUUGAACGAUGAUCUCAUGGCCCACAUCUUUUCCUUUGUGGGUGGUGGCCGUGGAAAGCAACGCCACCGCGGCAACAUCGCUCCCACGAUUCUCCAUCGUUCUGGCGAAGCCUCCAUUCGCCUGAUGGAUCUCCAAGAAGCCGGUCGGUUUCAAUUUUCCACAGUGGCAUUGGUGUGCAAGCAAUGGAAGAGGAUUUGUCAAGACAAUCUGUCGCUCGUCCUGGGUCCUUUGAAUGGAAACUUCUACACGCUGCAAAACAAGGACCGCACGGUGGCGUGUAUCCAGUGGAUGAUGCGAUACAAAUUGCGCAUUGGAGCGCUCUAUUUUUACCACGGGCAGCAAUGUCAAGAUGUCGCAACAAUCACCCAACUGUUGCAAGAAUGCGACACAACGGACCUUCAAAAACUAGCCAUCAAUUUGGACAUUACCGACGAGACACCCGAGCUGCAUCGACUCGUGGCCCAAAAGUGCCCCAAUCUACGAGAGCUCUUUCUAAGCGUCGACCAAACCAGUCUUUUCCAAAAAGACCAUCCCCUGUUCUUGGCAUCGCUGCCCUCGCUUUCCUGGCUUCAUGUCAACCUGACAUUCCAAAAAGGGGCACGAGCAUCCAAAGCACUCGAGCUGCCCCUCCGGAAAAUGCCCAACUUGAAAGACCUCCGGCUGACGGGGGGCACUGUGUGGGGAUGUGUGGCCGUCCACUCGGAAUCCUUACAACAGAUUGAUGCUUGUGAUCUGGUAGAUGGGUGUUUUGUGCGCUGUGAGUGUCCCAAGCUGGCCAAAUUUUCUUGUAGUGGCAAAAAUGGCACCUUCCCCGCAGGUAAUCCGCUGGCCUUUCGCCGGCGUACCUUAGCAAUUGAAACUGGAAGCUUUGCAGCGGGGGAUGUCCCCUUUAUUGGUAUGGUUGUGCCGCCGUCUUGUGUCGUUUCUCUUAAUCAUUACACAACGGAGCACUACUUCCAAGAACAUGCACACAUCCGAGGCAUCAUCAUGGGCACUUCCUAGCCUGUGAAAGCGCAAGAGAAAGAAACUCACUUUGGAGUGAGGGAGUGAACGGAUUGGAAACAGGACGGCAGAGUUUGUUUAGACUUGAAGCAGCCAAGAAACAAAAGAAGAUAUAGAAAGAAGGAUCUAAUCACAUAGCCUUGAAAAGAUAGAAAAGAAGAAGUCGCUUCAAUUUGGGUUUCUAU